UUGGUUUAACCAAACGUACACUUGUCAAUCGUUGGGGGAAAAGGUUGCCAAGUUUGAAAGUGGACUGCAAUUUUUCCACUUUCCUCCCAACUUCACACCCAAAAACAAGCGGUCAUCCUGUCCCACACCAUACUCUCUUUACCCAAGCCGUGAUUGAUGGCAAACAUUUCCGCAAGGAAUCCUUGGGUAUCACUCCUCAAACUUCCAUCACACCCCCUCCCUGUUUUUGGAGGGAACAUGGGCAUGGAGACCCCACCCCACUUUCUUCCCCUUUAGUCACUCUCAAGUUUCAACAACCACCCAAUUUUCCAAAACAAAAGUCUUCACCUCCAUCUUCGUAUAUAUAUAUAUCUCUGUUUUUCUCUCAAUUUAUCACUGAAAAACAGAGCACACACAUAUUUUCAUGGACUGGUUCUCUUGGCUAUCCAAAACCGGCCUUGAGCCGUCUCUGGUUUACGAAUAUGGCCUUGCUUUUGCUCACAACGAGCUUGAAGAAGAAGAUGUGGUUUAUUUUAACCAUGAGUUUCUGCAGAGCAUGGGGAUCUCCAUAGCCAAACACAGGCUGGAGAUCCUUAAGCUUGCUAGAAAGGAGAAGGGUACAAGCCCGCGACCCAUGUCGAGGCUUCUCGUCGCCAUCAGGAGGACGAAGAGGUGCUUGGGGAAAUACAUCCGCACGUGGGUUCGCCGGGAGGAGUCGUCGGCGCUCGUGGUUGUGCCGAGGCCUGGUUACGGGUCGAGAUGGAAGGGGGCGAUGGUGAAGAGGAACAAGAGAUUGAUGACGACGACGGCGGCGGCGAAGGCAAAGCAGGGGAGGCUGUUGCUCACAAACGGGAGUCCUCGUUGCGUUGACAGUUUUUCUAGCCCUGUGGUGUAUGAUCUCCGGAAGGAGGAAAAGAUGGAAAGCAGCGAUGAUGGGUACUGGCUGACCGGAGUUGAGGAGAUCAGGUGGGAUACUCUGUUUCAGGACUUGAAACCCACAUGAAUUUUUCUUCUCUUCUCUCUUGUUUUUUCUGAUAUCUGGAGACUGGAGUUCAAUUUAAUGGUGAGGGAUGGGUUUUUUUGGGUUCUUCCACCAGAGGGGUUUUCAAUCUUUUGAUUGUGUGUUUCAGAAGACUUUUUAUGUUUUUUUAAUUUUUUUUUUUUUCAUUAGUGGUGGGUGGGUCAUGCGGAUGACAAACUUUAGCAGCAAGGGCCUGCUUCAGCAAUGAGAUUGUCUCCCUUGCAUAUGUAUGUUAAUUGUCUUUAUUGAAAGGUAGAAAAAGAAAGCACCAGUAUUUAGGGUCUUUGGAAUUUUUUUUUUUUUUUUUUUUUUUUCUCCUAAUCUAAGCGGGAGAUCAGGAAAAAAGGGAUUUAAGGUCUUUGUAAGCAUAACUAUAAUGUUAGAUAUUUAACCCCAAAGGGUUGGCCAAAUGGUUGGAUAGCUCGGAAUUUUGAGUUUGCUUUUUAAGGUCUUAAGUUUGAAACCCA